CGGCCCAAAAACGCUCCAAAGUCCUCAAUCUCCCUCCCUCACUCCUUCCCCCCUUCUCCACUCUCUCUCUCUCUCUAAACUCCCCAAAACCUCCAUUUCGAAAAAAUCUCUCUCUCUCUCUCUCCCCGUUACAUAGAGAACUUCAUUUUGAAUCUCUGUUAAACUCAACCGAUCCGACUCUCUGAACCUCAUCUCCCUCUGUAAUGCGGCUUCCGAUAAUCAAUCACGUAUCGGAGAUCAGCCGGCUCGGCCUCUUCUUAUCAGAGUUGACUCGGUGAGAAUCAACUUUUAUAUCUUUUGAAUGGGGUCUGUGCCUUCAACUCCGCUCAAGAGCGACAACGCCCGGCCACAGGACACCGCUGAGCAUCUGAUCGGAACCUUCGUCGGCGAGAAAUCGUUCCCUAUCUCCUCUGAUUUCUGGCAGAAACUCCUCGAGCUCCCUCUCAACCUUCGCUGGCCCGCCCACCGUGUUCUCCAGGCCUGCGAGCUUCUCGCGCAAAAUAACCAAUACACGAGGCAUCUGGCAAAGAUUUUAAUCCAUCUUUCAUGGUGCUUGCAAGAGUGCAUUUCAGCUUCCGGUGCUCCGUCAGGUGCAUACGAUAAGGCUGUUAAUGCUGUCUACAUCUCAUCUGUUUUCUUAAAGCACUUGAUUGAAAGUGGCAAAAGCGAUGACAUUGAGGAGUUGUAUCUCUUCCUAGAUGUAAAGGAACCCAUACCAAAGGAUUUUAUCCAAGAUGAAAGCAUCGAGAAUUUGGUUAUGCAUACAGUGCUUAGCUUUAUUGGCUCAGUAGAUGUGAGUCCCAACACAUACCUCCUACAUUUGGAGCUGCUUAAUUUCAUGCUGAUUGCAAUGUCAACUCAGCUUCUUUGUGGACCAUCUCCGGGACCAAAAGACGUUAACCCGUUUAUUGAUGCAGCAAUUGUUCAGGAUAACUCUUUGGUUAGUUUGGUUGUGCACAAACUACUGCUGAAUUACAUCUCACAACCUGGCAUGCCCUUCAAAAGUUCAUCAUAUUCCAUAUUUUAUGAAGGAAGUCAGCCUAGUGUUUUACAAAGAGUUGGCUCUGCAGCUGCAAAUUUUGUCUUGUUACCAUUGAGUUAUUUGGGCAGUUCAAGAGGUGAAGGCUCAAGAAGUCCAUUGGUAGACUGUAGUCUACUUGUGCUUCUUGUGCUCAUUCAUUAUCAUAAAUGUGUUGUGAGCAAUGAGUCCAUAACAGAUUUGAGUGUUGAUGGUCAUACUUCAGAUUCUCUUCUGAAAGAAAAUACAUAUUUUUCUGACAACCCUUACUGCAAGGCCUUGGAGAAUGCAACAGAUUUUGAAUUUGACCGUAUAGAUGUUGAGGGCAAUGCAUAUACUGAUCCAGUUGUGAGGUUACCGUUUGCUUCUUUGUUUGAUACUCUUGGCAUGUGCUUGGCUGAUGAGGCUGCUGUCUUAUUGCUUUAUUCACUGCUGCAAGGGAACUCUGACUUUUUGGAGUAUGUUUUGGUGCGAACUGAUUUGGAUACAUUGUUGAUUCCCAUUUUGGAGGCUUUAUAUGAUGCUCCUAGGAAGACGCCCAAUCAAAUCUACAUGUUACUCAUUAUACUUCUAAUACUCAGCCAGGAUUUGUCAUUUAAUGCAAGCAUUCAUAAGCUGAUAUUGCCUGGUGUUCCAUGGUACAAAGAACGCCUCCUUCAUCAGACAUCUCUUGGUUCCCUGAUGGUCAUUAUUCUCAUAAGGACUGUGCAAUAUAAUCUCUCUAAGCUGAGGGAUGUUUAUCUUCAUACAACCUGUCUAGCUACAUUGGCUAAUAUGGCACCUCAUGUCCACCGUUUAAGUUCAUAUGCAUCACAGAGGCUGGUCAGCCUUUUCUAUAUGCUCUCACGCAAGUAUAACAAAUUAGCGGAGCUAAGAGAUGAUAGGAUGCAUCUAGCCAAAGGCAGCAACAGUCUUACUGAAGAUAUGUCGACAGAGUUGCAUAUAUAUACUGACUUCCUGAGACUUGUUCUUGAAAUUUUAAAUGCAAUUUUGACUCAUGCCCUGCCACGGAAUCCUGAGGUUGUAUAUGCGAUAAUGCACAGACAGGAGGUCUUCCAGCCAUUCAAGCAUCAUCCACGCUUCAACGAGCUGCUUGAAAACAUUUAUACUGUAUUAGAUUUUUUUAAUAGUCGCAUGGAUGCACAAUCAAUGCAUGGUGAAUGGUCAGUCGAUAAAGUACUGCAAGUCAUAGUUAUUAACUGCCGCUCUUGGCGGGGUGAGGGGAUGAAGAUGUUUACACAACUACGCUUCACAUAUGAACAAGAGAGUCAUCCCGAAGAGUUCUUUAUUCCAUAUGUGUGGCAGCUAGUUUUAUCCCGUUGUAUAUUCAGCUUCAAUUCAGGAGCCAUAAACUUGUUUCCAGUUGAUCCACCUGUAGAAAUACAAGAGAAUGACGGAAUGGUAUCAAGUAAGCACCAAAAUGGAGAGUUGAGCGUGCACGGACUUCUUCUCGAUCCAUAGUGGGUGCAAUGUUAUUUGAAAGAUUCAUGCACCUUGAUGCAUAUAUGUAAAUAUAUGAAAUAGUGUUUAUAUUCUGCUCAUUCUUUCUGUCCAUAUGUUUUCUUCCAUGUAGAGGCCCUUCUCCCACAGAAAAUUUGAGAUAAUCAAUGUAAUAAGAGAUUAUGCUUAUUUCACCCCCCCAGCGGGCGGGAAAAAAGUAAAACAAAUAAGAGAUGUUGCUCAGUUCCAUUUUUAA